GGCAGCUGCAGUCGUCGACGUGCUGAGGUUGCCGCCGUAGCGAGUAGCGUUCAUUGAUUAUUCCAGCAGUUCUCGCGAAAAACGGGAAAGUCUGGACGUGAAAUGGCAGGUUUAUGUCUCAUCGGAGCGUUUCCUUCACAACAAAUCCAUGCUAAAAUGUCGUAAGGGAUAUUCGGCGCAACGACAUGCAGAUGUUAGCGGCUGGGGUUAAUCUGCUCUGAUUCUCGUCGUUCUUCUUUAUGUGGCUGCUUUCAUGUGAUGAGUCUAACCGCUUUCCUCCACCACGAGUAGCAUGAGUGAGAAGACGACCGUCCGACAGCAGAGCUCGGAGAACAACUCCGUCAGCAGCAGCGAGUGGGACAUGGCAAACGAUGUGUUUGUGUCCGGCUACGACGACAACCCCCUGGGAGACAGCCUCGCUCUGGGGACCAGAGACCCGGCGCAGCCCGGCUUGGACCGACACCUGCCGCUGCUGCGCGCGGACUCGCACCGGUUGUCUGAGGAUGGGAUGAUGCUGGGCCUGGCUGCGGAGGAGUACUCGUCCCCGUCCUAUCUGGACAUCGAGCCAGACUUCACGGAAAGUGACGGGAAUGUGACAGCCAAGAAGCGCAUCCGCUCCAACAGCUCCAGGCACCGCGGCGAGGUCGUCGCGGAGCUGGGUCCGGAGGAGGUCCGGUGGUUUUACAAAGAGGACAAGCGGACGUGGAAGCCCUUCGUCGGACACGACUCUCUAAAAAUCGAGUUGCUCCAUCGACGAUUUUGCGAGCAGAACUCGGACAAGGUCAAACGCGCCUUCGAUCCAAGCGGAGUCGACGGGAAGGAGGCAGCGGCGCCCGCUCACGCGCAGGCGGAGACCGGGGCUGUGGACGUGGGGAGCGUCCGAGCGGAGCAGGACGUGGACGAUGUGAGCAGCAGCGUGGAGGCGGUCUGCGUCCGAGGGGGGCUGUAUGAAGUGGACAUCAGGGAAAAGGAAUGCUACCCCGUUUACUGGAACCAGCAAGACCGCAUUCCUGUGAUGAGGGGCCAGUGGUUCAUUGACGGGACGUGGCUUCCCCUAGAGGAGGAUGAGAGUGACCACAUUGAGCUGGAGCAUCUCACCCGCUUCCGGGGCCAACAGAUGAGAGACACGUAUGAGAUGGAGGCAGUGACCACCACAGUGGACAGCAAGGACGCCAUUCACAGUGUGAAGCUGAGCCGGAGUCAUGUGGACUGGCACAGCGUGGAUGAGGUGUACCUCUAUAGCGACGCUACCACCUCCAAGAUCGCACGCACCGUCACUCAGAAACUGGGCUUCUCCAAAGCCUCCAGUAGUGGGACCCGUCUACAUCGAGGGUACGUGGAGGAGGCUGCACCUGAGGACACCCCACCUGAAACAACACACAUUGUCUUUGUGGUGCAUGGCAUUGGUCAGAAGAUGGACCAGGGCCGUAUCAUCAGGAACACCAGCAUGAUGAGAGAUGCAGCCAGAAAGAUGGAGGAGAAGCACUUCUCUGAUCGCACCACGGAGCACGUAGAGUUCCUCCCUGUGGAGUGGAGGUCCAAGCUAUCGCUGGAUGGAGACACGGUGGACUCCAUCACCCCAGACAAAGUGCGUGGUCUCAGAGACAUGUUGAACAGCAGCGCUAUGGACAUCAUGUACUACACCAGCCCUCUGUACAGGGAUGAGAUUACCAGGGGUUUGACUCUGGAGCUGAAUCGCCUGUACUCACUGUUUUGCUCACGGAAUCCAGACUUUGAGAAAAACGGGAAGGUGUCUAUAGUGUCGCACUCGCUGGGCUGCGUCAUCACCUAUGACAUCAUGACAGGCUGGGACCCCGUGCGGUUCCAUCACCAAGAGGCGCCUGACCCAGAGGAGACCAAGGCCCGCUGGCCGAGCGAUGAGGAGCGGCGUCUUCGGGAGCAGCUGAGACUCGCGCGCCUCAGAUUGAGAGACUUGCAGGAUCAGUUCCAGAGUCUGCAGGCCUCGUCCUGUGUCGCGGUGCCAGCACUGAAAUUCAAGGUAGAGAAUUUUUUCUGCAUGGGUUCUCCUCUCGCUGUGUUCCUGGCGUUGAGAGGCACUCGCCCUGGAAACAGUGGGGUUCAGGACCACAUCCUCUCCACAUCUAUCUGCAAACGGCUCUUCAACAUAUUCCAUCCCACAGACCCAGUGGCGUACAGAUUGGAGCCUCUCAUCUUAAAACACUACAGCAACAUUGCACCCGUUCAAAUCCACUGGUACAACACCACCAGUCCAACACCAUACGAUCAGAUCCGUCACACACUUCUAAACCCGUCAAAGGAGACCACGUCUGUCUCCGACUUAGAGAGCCUCCCCAGCCCCUGCACCUCUCCACCGCAGACCCGACGCCACUACGGAGAGUCUAUCACCAGCCUGGGCAAGGCCAGCAUCAUGGGUGCUGCAAGUCUGGGAAAGGGAAUAGGAGGAAUCCUUUUCUCCCGGUUUUCCCGUUCUAGUGGCCAAGUGGGUGGAGUGGAGGAGGAGCCGUCAGACGGUGAAUGCAUGACCUCGGAGCUGGAAAAUGUGGCUUUGGGGGAUGAAGGAGUGGAGAGUGAAGAGAAGGACACACAUUUAGAGGAGGAGAGGAGAGAGGUGGAGGCUGCCAUGUCCCAGUCCAGCUCAGCUGUAAUGGACAACACAACGUUGGAACUGGACCGACGCAUCGACUAUGAGCUGCGGGAGGGCUUGGUGGAGAGCCGCUACUGGUCAGCAGUGACCUCGCACACGGCCUACUGGUGCUCGUACGAUGUGGCUCUGUUCCUCCUCACCUUCAUGUACAGACCACAGGAGCCUCCUCAAGCCGUAGAAGACAACCCAGACACCUCAUAACACGACACAUGGGGUCAAUUCAAUUUCUAUUCGAGCCAAAACCAUCUUGACGAAGUCAUAAAAAGAGACUUCAUUCUAAAAGAUAAUUCUUCACCUCACACAACUUUUAAGUGUGAAAAACCUAAUAAUAUAUAGUGUAAUAAAUGAUAAUAGAAGACUUACUCUUAAUGUUUACAUUUUGUUCAAUGAAGGAUGCUGUUGAUGAAUAUCUGUUUUUAAUGCUGCAGUUUACAAUAUUAAAAAGAAACAAAAUCUGUUUAGAAACAGCCUCAUUCAGUCAGUGUACUAAUGUUAUGUUACUGAAAGGUUGGAAAACUAAAUCCAAAGCUCCUCUGUUAAACUGCACCAACAGAGGAGUGCUGCAGAGAAGGACAAAAUUAUUAUUCAUUUCUGUUUUGGCAAUAACAAGCAUUCAUUUUUUAUGGAAAUGAUCAAGUGAAUUGAAAAUGAAUUGACCCAACAAACAGAUUUCAAUUACUUGUUGCACACAUGGCAUCUGAAGUCCUCCCAGACUCUCAGCAGCUCCUAAAUCCUGGGUGGAACUGUCUGUGCUGCCUGGACUCUAGCCAUAGACGAAGCCCCAGUGUUUGUUUGCUGUGUAAGCUUGUGCCCCCUCAUAACCUCAAGCCUCCCAUGAGCAGCUGCAGGUGGCUCUGAUAGUAGCUGUAGAAACAGCUGAGAUGAUUUAUUUCUUACACCAUGCACCUUACAGGAUAUUCAUCCAACAACUGAGUUAAGGCAACAGUCAUUUGCCAUUUUUACUGCAGGGUUAAAUUUGUUUGCCCCACAUGUAUGUGCCCAGUUACUGUAGUUUACAAUCAAAAGCAAGACAUUUGAUUUAGUGAAAUUUGAAUGUAUUUGUAGACAAUAAUUCAUAAAAAUAAAAAUGUUUCUGUUCCAUGACACUGUAAAAUCAUGGAGCCUGAAUUAUAGUAUGAAUUGGCAGCGAAUCCUUGUGUUAUAGGCACCUUAAAGUCAUCUUCAUGCAGCAGACAUACAGAGUAAAUGGGCAUCGUAGUGAAGUAAGAGAUAAACCGUGAUUGAUGUCAACUUGCUUCCUAUGGCUCUUAAAUGUCUUGGCGAGGUGAUGUCCGUUUGCUUCAAACAUUUGAAAUAAUAUAAUUGUGUGAUUUGAGCACAAUAUCUCCAGAUCAUGGAACCUGAAGGAAAGUUUCAUCUGGAAGCAGAAAGCUGUUUAAAUAGUGAGACAGACAUGUUUAGUGCCAUUUAAAUGAAUGAACCUGCAGGUUACAGUCACAGCAUGUACAAUAUGUUGUUUAUGUCUGAUUAAGCCUUUCUCCCUGGUAUGACAGUCCGUACAUCUGACAAAGUUGCCAAGAAUGUUAUAUUUAUAUGGACAUGCAGCCACACAGACAAAGCAUGUAAAGGCAUGUGUAAAUUGAAUAACAUACAUAUUAGUUUUAUUGAUUUUACAUGAGCAGAGCAACAUUUAGAAUGUGCUGAAAGUUCAUCUUUUUACCUUGUUUUGUGGUGAUAAAUGUUUACAUUCAUGUUUUUAUGUUUGCUCUUUAUGUUUAAUGUGGGUGUAAAGUACUGCAUUAAUAGACAUCAGACCGUGGGAGCUUCAGGCUCUGGAUGGAGGAGCCUCACCCACUACAAAAUCGUUUGAAUUUGUAGUGGGUGAGGCUAAUUCAUGUCCUUCUCUAUUUAUCUCUUGUUUUGUCUAGACCCCAUUGUAAUACUCAGCUUUAACGCAACAGAAGUGCAAAACCAAAAAAGCUCAUAUUUAUAUUCAAUUAUGUUCCAGUGUAAUCAUUUUGAAGGAGCUAAAUUCCAAUUUCCCUGAAGUAUUUUACGAACCGAUCCCUGUUAUUUGAACCUUGUUUUCAUUGAUCCUUGUUUUCAUAGUGCAAUUUGUUGUAUUUCCCACUAGCUAGUACAUGUAUGUACUGUAUGUGUAUUGAAGCAAUUUGGAUUUGGUUGAACUUUUUGUACUUGGUUUGCAUCAGCAGGUGGCGGCCUUGCAGCUCUUCCUUUAGCCUCCUCUCCAGUGUCACCCUAAUGCCAAACACCUUAUCCACAGGCUGUGUUUGUUCAUGUUUACAUGUCACUAUGGUAAUAACUGUUUACCUAUUCCUUUCCCAUGGGCCACAUAGGUUUGUGCCAUAUGUCUACAACUACUACUGUGGACUACUAGUCCAUGCUAGAGCCUUAGUGUAGGGAGGUCAGAACAGGUGUAUCGUAGUUGGAUGGAUCUUUUCUCCAGCCCACUGUGGUUCUGAUGCCUUGCUCACCCUCUCUUAGGCUUGCUGUACUGUUCCUCCUUGGGCGCUGUGGUGCUUUAAUCUGGAUUUUUCAUUAAAGGACUUGGCCACCGUCA